AUGCUUUCCAACCUGCUACAGGAACUCACCCUGGCCAAGGAGCACGGUCGUAAGCAGAUUGUCCUGGACGAGGCCCGCCUCAGUGAGAACCCCGUCAGCCGUCUAUGUCGUCUCGUCAAGGACUUCUUCUGGCCCAACUUGACUCGCCGUAUUGAUGGCUCCAACAUUGCUCAAGUCGGAAAGGACGCCAAAGACUGGACUGACAACCCUCGGCCUCGCAUUUACGUCCCUCGUGGCGCCCCCGAACAGCACCAAUACUACAGCCGUAUCGCCCGCGAACACCCUGAUAUGAACUUGGAUGUCGUGUGGCUUGCACAACACCCCGACAAUGAAGAGUAUGUCCGUGACCUGAAGCGAAGAUCUCCCUGGGUCUCUGCUGAUCUACGGCAAGAUCUCAAGAACAUUUUAAAUCACUCAACAGCAUGCCGUACUCAGCCUCCUUUCCUGACAGACAUGGCUUUGCGUGUCUUUGACCGCAUCAAGGAUCAGCCUGACGCACGUGAGUUCCUGAAGAUCUCCAUUCUUGCUGCCAUCAAGGAGUACCACAGUGUCUGGACUGCUCCUCCUCGCUACGACCCCAAGACUGGUCUCUCAUGUUACAGACCUGGCGGUAUCGGUGUUCCACCAGAGACUGAAGCCACUCACUUUGUUCACGUGCUCGAGCCUUACUGCAAGAAGCACAACAUGGAGUUUAAGGAGUUUGUUCACGCCUACAACUAUGGCCACAUCUACGAGCCCGAGCUCGAUCAAUACUUCCUCCACGACCGCGCCGUUCGUGAGUCUGGUCACGACACUUCUUACCGUCUCGAGGGUUCUGCCGCUCACCUCGCCACUGUCGAUCUCAACUCGCUUCUCUACAAGUACGAGACCGAUAUUGCUCGCACCAUUCGCAACUACUUCGGUGACAGCCUCGCUGUCCCUGCCGAGUUCUGUGUUGGUGACCAGAAGCCUGGCCACGUCGAAACAUCAGCCACCUGGGACCGCCGUGCCAAGCGUCGCAAGCAGACCAUGGACAAGCUCAUGUGGGAUGAGGAGAAGGGCAUGUUCUUUGACUACAACAUUGUCAAGAAUGAGCACACCGGAUAUGAGUCUGCCACAACCUUCUGGGCAAUGUGGGCUGGAGCUUGUACUCCUCGUCAAGCCGGCAUUCUUGUUGAGAAGGCUCUUCCUCUNUUCGAGGAGCUUGGCGGUCUUGCUGCAGGAACUGAAAGAUCUCGUGGUCAGGUUGGUCUCAGCCGCCCCAACCGUCAAUGGGACUACCCCUUCGGAUGGGCACCUCAGCAGAUUCUCGCCUGGACUGGUCUGGUGAGAUUUGGUUUCGAGGAUGAGGCCAAGAGAUUGGCUUACCGCUGGGUGUACAUGGUCACCAAGGCUUUUGUUGACUUCAAUGGUGUUGUCGUCGAAAAGUAUGAUGUCUGUCACCCUCAGCAUCCUCACAAGGUUGCUGCCGAGUACGGUAACCAGGGCAGUGACUUCAAGGGUGUUGCCAAGGAANNGGGUAAGUCAAACAUGCAACUCUGA